AUGCACGCGGGCUGCAUUGUCGCCGUCCGUCACGAGUACUUUGUGAUAUUGUAUGGCGGUCAUCACGACUGUUGCUCAGGAAUGCGAGUGGUGGAUAUGAUGCCCGAGACACUUCAGAUCGAUGCGACAAAGUCAAACAUGGACGGACCGCGCCUGUGGUCACAAGGCCCGGCUUCGCAGACGUACCAUAUUCACGACCGCCUUGUCCAGGGCAUAUUGUGGGAGCACAAGUGGUCCAGUUGCGAAGACGGCAAGAACGAUGGGCGGUAG